AUGACGCAAUAUCAUUAGUUGGCACCCAAGCGACCAUCAAUCGACCACACAUUGAUCGGACGGAUCACCUCGAUAUAGGCUCAAUAAAAUGGAGAAUAUUCAGAGAAGUCAAGAUCAUGUUAGCAGCGAAAUGCAGAACAAAAAAGAACAAAAAUAUUUCAACUUGUACUUUUUCCGGUUGACAUUAUUUGAAGCGAACCUAUGCUUUGCCUUCAUCGCGGUUGCCGGUCAAGUUGGUCAAAAUGUCAGCCUUCCUCUUUGGUUGUCAGCCUCGCAGUCCAAACACAAAAGUGCAAACACAACCUCACCAUCACCAAGUUACGUCGCUAAAAUGGAUGCCUAUUUUGUCUUGUCAUUUGCAAGUCUUUCCUUUGUUGUUAUAUUUGGAUUGAUGUACGCUAUUCUUGUGUACUUCUAUCCUCAUUUCUUUGGUCCAGCAGAGCGUCGCUUCCCACAUAAACUUCUCUUUGCGAUUGGAUUGUGCGAUGCUUUGAACGGAGCACUUGUGGUGUUUGCAAGCCCGCCGAGCAGAACUGCACCGUAUUUGCAAGCUAUUCUGGGAAACUUUUCAAUUCCCCUUACUAUCCUUGCAAGGCGCCCGCAACGUUGAUGAACGUAAUUGAGGAAAAGGUGUUAAAGAUGCAGGAUUCUCAUUCAUCACAGCGCAUCAACAUAGUAUUUUUUCUCUUCUGGGAGUCAGUCUAUCAGYUAUUGUCAGUAGCCCUUUUGUUCUGGGUCGAUGUCAUCCCGSACUAUGGCUUUACAUCMAACGUUGAGCAGUUUGGUAAAAAUUGGUGGUUUGGUUUACAGUGUUUUUUCGGUKCUGCGGGAUGUGGUAGUGAUCCUGGUGUUARAGGCACAAUGUUUAUUCUGAUGUACYUAUUGUCGUAUCUCGGAGGAGGGCUAAUGAUGAGAUAUACAGAGGGAGCAACGCUGCUAUCUAUUGCUACUUCUCUAGUUACGCCUUUGGGGUUUUUAUUCUGGACACUUUUCAAGAGUGAACCUUUUGGUUUUAGCCCCGAAGUUCACGUGUCUACCUACUAUAGUAUUGGGGCUUUGGUUAUCAUGGUACCAGCGAUCUAUAUCUACAAUACAGGGCCACCUGAAAUUGACAUGUCGAAGAGUAGAAAAGAAGUAUGUCUAAUUGACGACAAUCACUGUGAUUACGGUACUAAUGGCGAGAAAGAUCCUCUAAUCAUUUAUAACAAAAAUUUGUAACAUCGUCGCGCUCGUGAAACCUCGUAUUUUAAAGUCAUGAUAAUGGAUUAGUAUAUCGAUGAAUGCUUAUUUUUAACAGUACAUUACAAGCGGAAGGAGGGCAUGUACAGUAGACAAAUCAGAGAUCGGUUUUUAAAAAAAUCUCUUUUCGCCGUUGGUUGUCUCAACAACAAUUUCCAAAAAUGAAAUAUCAAAAUGCAUUUGCCAACACUGCAUUUGGAUUUUUCAUAUGCUUGCAAUAGCAAAUGCUCCAAAUUAAUGAAAUAAUAGAAGUGCCCUUGUUCAUUUAAAUUUUGAUAUAAGGAUUACGGGCCUCUCUCAGAGGCAGCAGCCACAAAAAUUUUAUCUUUCAACGGCAGCUGCARAUAAACUUAUCCAAAAAUAGGACAAGCAGAUCUUGGAAAGAAAACCUAUUUGUUAUUCACUCCCAGCAAUAGCGAGCGCUUUAGUCUUUGCCCAAUUUAAAUAUUCUUUUGUUCUACGGUCACUAUACACGAGGGAUGGUGAACCGGCGCCAUUGUUGUUAGAAAAGCCCACGCUCUUACUAUAAAAUGCUAACCCAAAAAAUUUUCUUACAAGUUUUCUUUGGCAGUUUCACUUCAAAYAGAAUGAGUAGUGGCUUUUUUGUUGCUGUUCGUUUUUUUAAAGYAGGUCGAAAUUUGAGUUUUUCUUUUCAUGAUAUUGUAGUUUAUUCAAAACAUUUGUCAUGAUAUCUUUUGGCAAAUGAUGAGAUSACACAACCAGAAAUUAUGGACUUUUUUAACCUAAUUCUGAAGGAUUUUAUUCACAAAAAUCUGCAAUUACGAUAAUGGYAGAAUGGCAUGGGCCGGUCUUAUUGAAUAUAUCAUGAAUAUAUACUGUAGAAAAUCACAUCCAUAUACACUGGAAAAAAUCGCGCGAUUUAAAGGUUGUAAAUUUGAUGUAUAUAUGAUGUUAGUGUCCAAAAUGAUGUAAAUUUGAUGUAAAUCAUUUCCAUCAAAUUUACAUCAUUUUGGACACUUACAUCAUAUUUCCAUCAAAUUUACAACCUUUAUGGCGCGCGAUUUUUUCCAGUGAUAUCGUCUAUAAUAAUGUUAUAUCUGAUGCAUAUUCAUMAAUAAAAAACUAGUGAGUUCCAAAACAAAAA